AUGGAGAGAAAUCAACUGUACAGGCAAGUUGCCCUCAUGAAGCAGUCCCUGUUUGAUCAGGGGUUUCUUGAUGAGCAAUUUAUUCAGUUGGAGGAACUGCAGGACGAUGCUAAUCCAAACUUUGUAGAGGAAAUUGUUACCUUGUUUUACAGAGAUUCAGCCAGAAUAAUCCUUAAUAUACAGCAAGCACUGGAGAGGAGUCCUCUUGAUUAUAAUAGUUUGGACAGCUAUAUGCACCAGCUCAAGGGAAGUAGUUCAAGCAUUGGAGCCAAAAAGGUGAAAGAUGAAUGCACGCAGUUCAGGGAAUACUGCAAGGCAGGAAAUGGAGAAGGAUGCAUGAGGACAUUCCAGCGAUUGAAGAUGGAACAUGCAGCGCUCAAGAAGAAGCUUGAAACUUAUUUUCAGCUAGCAAGACAGGCAGGGCCAAUUGAGACAGCAUGUCACAGGGAGUAAGGAAAUUACAAAGCAGAGAUGUGGUGGUGCUGGCGGUGAAUCUUGUACUGAAUGUUUGUAGACCCAAAACUUUAAAGACUAAGAUAGUUCCAUCAAAACAUGUGUAAGAAACGGGAAAAUAAGAUUGAAGGGUAUCGUUUGCUUGGCACCUGUGGGUGUCUUCCCUGAUAUUAAGAAAAUAGAUUUCCAGGCUAAUAUAUGACAUUACAAUCUUCCAAA